UGAAUGAUGAAUAGCUGCCGAAGCUUUGUCUUUUGGAGCAAUAAAAUGAUUUCCGCCAGAGCUAUUGCAGCCGGCCCAUACCACUUAUCUCAGCGAUCGCACUCUCCUACUGCCGUCGCCGCCUUACGCCGCCGCUUCUCUGCCGCAACCAUCAGAAUGUCUUCGGGGCCGAUCGUUGAGCACGUGGUGCUCUUCAAGGUUAAGCCGGAUGUGGAGCCUUCCAGGGUCAACGAGAUGGUAGUCAACCUUAACGGCCUCACAUCUCUGCCGCAGGUGCUCCACCUCACCGCCGGUCCUGUGCUCCGCAACCGGUCCGGUUCCUUCGCCUUCACACACAUGCUCCAUUCUCGGUACGCCUCCAAGUCCGACCUCGCCGACUACUCCGCCCACCCCGAUCACAUGGCCGUCGUCAAGGCGAAUGUGCUUCCUGUCUGCGACGACAUCAUGGCCGUCGACUGGAUCUGCGAUGACCUCGCCGGCCCGGUCAAGGUACCUCCCGGUUCAGCCCUGAGAGUCACAUUUCUGAAAUUGAAGGAGAAUUUGGGGGAAACUGAGAAAGGGGAAAUACUGUCGGUGACGAAAGGAAUUAGGGAGAAGUUUUCGUCGAUUGAUCAGAUGAGCGUGGGGGAGAACUUCUCUCCGGCGAGGGCGAAGGGAUUCUCGAUUGCUUCGGUUGCUGUGUUUGGUGGGGUGGGAGAAUUGGAGGCGUUGGAGUCGCAAUCGGCGGCGGAAAAGGAGGAGAAGGAUAAGGUUAGGGGGUUUCUGGACGGCGUACUGGUGGUGGAUUACGCCGUCCCGGGUUUGCAGUAGGUGGCCGGUCUCUAUGGGUAGAACCGUCAUUUGAAGUGUUCCGUCUUCUUCUCGUUACUGAUUGUUUGUAAUGUUCUGAUUUUCUCCAAGCAAGAAUGGGGUUGAAUUGCCCUUUCUCCUAUGAAGAAUAAAAUUUACGUGUUAUCCAAUAUCGAUACUCGUUUCAAGAAUGAGAUAUUAUGAUAUCUAUGAGCUAGGCUUAAUUAAAAUUCUACAGUUC